AUGCCUCCCAAGCCAGGCAUAGGUCAGAAGGCGCUGAUCACAGAGCGGUUGGGUGCGUUCUGGGAGGGGAGGUGGCGGGAGCUGUUCGACUCUGCCAUGGCGGCAGCGCGGCCAGCAGUUCGCCCACUUUCCUACACUCGCUCUGACCAGGACCCGGAUGCCAUCCGCCUGUCACGGUGCCGAUCUCGGUGCAAAGUGGGGGAGUGGAGCCGAGGAUUGGCUUGCCUUACAGCAAGGGAGUUGGCUCGACCGUCUGAGGUCAUGGUGCAGUCGCUGCGAGAGAAGCACCCGGCUAGCGCAGGCGAGGUACCACAGUGGGUCCGCGAUUUCACCAUCGAUACCGCUCAACGGCCUUCACUCACGACCGACAUCCUGGCCAGAGCUAUCCAUACAGCCGCUCGAGCCUCAGCAGCAGGGCCAUCGGGGUGGGUCACAGAGCAUCUGCGCGACACCUUCCUCACUGAACCUACCUGCCUUUCCCACCUGUUGGAAGUGUUCAACCAAUGGGUGGCGGGACAGGUCCCCGAGCGGGCUCGGCCGUGGCUCGCCGCAUCCAACCUAGUCGGCCUUUCCAAGCCUAACGGCGACGUCCGGCCGGUGGCGAUCGGGGAGGUGCUUCCUCCUAUCCUUGCUCGAGCUCUCUGCAUCUCGCUCCGCCCUGCGAUGGUUUCCUACUUCUUGCCGUGCAACCAGCUGGGAGCGGGCACCAGGGUCGGGGCGGAGAUUCUCACUCAUUCUUUCCGGUCAGCGCUGGCCACUCACCCCGACUGGUGUGCGCUACAGAUAGACGUCGCAAACGCCUUCAAUUCGUUUCACCGUCAUGUGAUGCUCGAUGGGCUGCGGGAGUCGCCUUUCUCAGGGAUGAUCCCAUUCUUGCGUGUCUUUUAUGGGACACCUAGCGACCUGUACCUCCGAGCAAGCCCUUUCGUACAGAGCCUCGAGUCAGCACGGGGAUCGAGGCAGGGGGACCCGCUCGGCCCUUUUCUUUUCGCGUUCACGCAGCAGCAGGUGAUGGAGCCGGUUACUAGGGAGUUCAAGGACCUGCUUUUCCUCAGCUAUGCAGACGAUACCUAUAUUUUGGGGCCAGCGGCUAGGAUUCUGGAGGCUUUUGGGGUGCUGCGGGAGCGGUUGGAGUGGGUAGGGCUGGAGGUGCAGGCGCACAAGUGCCGGUUUUGGGAGCGCGAGGGCAAGGAGGUGGAGCGGGCACUGCCAUUGGGGAUGCAGCGGGUGGAUGAGGGUCUUACUGUGGUGGGCGUGCCUAUUGGAGAGGAGGUUUGGGAGGUGGUCCGGCUACGGGAGCGGCUUCGACAGUUGCAGGCGCCACUGCCAUGGCUCCCCUUGCUCGACCACCCCCAGAUGGCUUCACACCUCCUCGCCAUUGCAGUUUCAGCGCGGCCGAUGUACCUCGCCCGGACUAUGCCGCCGCGUCCGGAGCUGCAUCUCCCUGUGCGUCUCGGUGGGUUCGGGAUCCGGGCGGCGGCCUCUUUGAGCCCACUGUCCUAUGUUUGCGGGUGGGCGCAGGCCGCGCGGGACAUUGCACAGUUAGGGGUGGCGGGUGAGGAGGCGAUGUUUGCAGAGUACCUCACCACUUCGACAGGGGCAGAGUUUCUUGACCCGUGGUUUGUCAAGGCUCUCGAGCAGCUGCCAGCGACUAUCCGCCACGAGAUACCGGGCUUACCUCUGUGUGUAGCGGCCCCUCCUGUUCGGCUUUUCCAGGCGCGUCAGCGGCAGUUAGCUGUAGAGGAGCUCCAGGCACUGCGCCGCUUGGCUCGUGACGAUGCUACCUUGGCCCGUUUCACAUCCCUUCAGGGCCCCGGGGCAGGUGCAUGGGUUUCGGCGGUUCCGGCUCACUCAGAUCUCACAUUCACUGCGGCUGAGUGGGGCAUUGCUGCUGCUAUACGGCUUGGCCUCCCAAUUCAGCAGCUGCAGGUGGCGGGGAGGGGUGUUUGUGGCACAGCGUAUGUUGACCCAGCAGACCCGCACCAUGCCCUGAGAUGCAGGCACCAGCAUGGUCCUUCUCGGGUGCAUGAUGAGGUGAAGUUUGCGGUGGCGAAGAUCUCUAAGGCGUCGGGGGGGGGGGGGGGGGUGGUGACAUUGGAGGAUAGUGUGGUGCUGCAAGGGAAGCGGGUUGAUGUGGCGGUGCGACGUCCAAUGGCUGGAGAGGCUCACGCCCUAGAGAUCAGCGUCGCGGACCCGCUAUCGCUGUCUCUAUCACUGUUGGGACAGUGCGGGCGUUAA